GGCUCUGCUUUACAGUUGAGUUCUUCUGAGGUUGAAGAAGACAGCAUUGAUAAUAUACAUAGGUAGCAGAUGAAUAAUACAAGUUUGGAACCAAUUUUUCACUUGGGGAAAUGCUAAGAAUGUCUGAACACAGAUGUCUGAAGUUCUAGAGACUAUAAGCAAGGAGUUUUUAAAAGUUGACUUGAUGAUUCAUUAAUUGGAUAAGAGACAGGAAAAAAGCAAAACCCUGCAGGAAAGGCUUUUCCAGAAGCCGAGAUUCUAUCAAAUCAUGGCAUGCAACGAGUCAAAUCACAGCAAUAAGUCUUCAAGCCCAGAAAUGUACCUUAUCAUCUGGCUCGCCUUUCCCCUCUCCACGGUCAUAAUCCUUGCCAACCUUCUCAUCAUCAUAGGCAUCAUCUACAACCGGAAGUUACACAACACCCCUAAUUACUUCUUCCUCAGCUUGCUGUUUGCCGACCUGUGUACGGGACUGGCUCUGCCUUUCAUUCCCAGCAUGAGCCUGGAACGACACAUGAAAUUCAGCAAUUGCCUCAUCCUGCACAUUGUCCCCAACUUCCUCUUGUUGUCCUUCCUCUUCAACUUGGUCAUGGUGCAUUACGAGCGUUACUUUUGCAUCGUCCAUCCUCUGCAGUAUAGUAACUUCUGGGUUCACCGCUACGUCCCUUUGGCUUUACUGACUGUCUGGAUUUUGCCCCUCCUUUAUGCCUCCUUGCCUGCUUUUGGGUGGAACAAAAUAUCUCCAAACCAGAGUUGUGAAGAUUGCUUCUACAAGUACAUCUUCCCUCGUGAAUUCAUCUACCUUGAGGUCUAUGGCUUACUGAUCCCGGCCAUACUGGCCAUCAUCUUUAUGAACGUCAGGGUGCUGUGGAUCACAAGGUCACAGGUGAUGGACAUCUGCAAGCUCCACAGGUCUGUGCAAAGGGACGAGCCCUCGGACAAGGAGCACAGGAUGAACAUGCGCUAUGCUAAGUGUGUGGCCGUUGUGUCUUUCAUUUUCAUAGUCUGUUGGGUUCCUUACAUUGUCUACGUGAACGUCUCUAUCAUCGCUCUGUGGGAAUCCAGCACAGAACCCAAAACACACAUCAUUCUCUCCUGCACUGGGAUAGGAAGCAUGGCUGUAAUACCAGUGGUCUUAGGGUUUGGGAACCGGCAAUACACAAAGCCCAUUAGAAAAGGUUUAAGGAAACUUUGGGACCGCUGCAGAAAGGGAAAUGGCACAAAGGAUGUUACUAAUGUUGAGCUAGUUUUGGACUGAAACAACGGUUUUGUAGCUGACGUGGUAAGGUGGCUUCUUAUUGAGUUGACAGAGGAGUCCAUUUAAUAGGUGAUCGAUGGUGGAUCUUGAAGAGCAACAGAAGAUAUUCCAGAAGCAUCCUGUAUGUUUGUUACAAUUAUGCAUAGAAGGCAGUGCUCUAGAUGUGUUUUUUGUUUGUGUGUAAAUGCUCUUGAAGCCAUAGAUGUUCCUGGAGCCUUUGUCAAUGAACAAAGAAACGGCAACUUAAGAGUUUAGUGAACAUUCCCCCAGAAAAUCAUAUUUUCGUGUAGAAUUGUAUUUGAUUGUGGAGCACUGCAGUUUUAAACUCUGCACUGUAAUAUAUCGCAUGCUCAUAUCAGCAAGAACGCAUUUUUGUGCAUAUAACACGGAACACACAAGUAUCACACUGGUGUAAAACCAGCACGAAGUGUAAUUAUUAGAUAUUUUCUCUCUACCAUCCCCGUAUCACCCGUGAUCACCCUAUUUAUACACUAGGGGCUGGAGCCUUAAUUAAUCAUUUAAUCACUUAUUCAAUUCACGACUCCAGCCACAUUCCCACGUGUUUUUCCAGGGAGGAUUUUAACUUCCUCCCUGUCACCCAUUAUUCCACACACACACACACAUACCAGCAUAACUUUUAAUCUGCACGUGAAGUGAGGGUUAGGUUUAAUAAAAACCUGAUUUAAUUUGCUAAAUGUUACUACAGUAACAAUUUGAACCGAUUUCAAGCAUAUGAUCAUCCAUAGGGCUCUGGUGUUUGAUUAAUCAUCCAUAGGGCUGCAACUAGUGUUGCAGUUUUAGCUGACCUAUUAUAUAUUAUUUACUAACAGUUAACAGAAAAUAAUGUACAUUAACAUGUUUAUUAGCUGUUUGUUAACAGUUAAUAAAUAAAAAAAUGGCCCUUAAAAUAAAGCUUGACACAAACUCUCAACACUUCUAUAAUCAUACAGAUAUGUUAAUGUGAUUUUCUUACACUCACUACAUUAAUCUUUCUUUUAACUUACAUACAUUAUAUUUGUAUGUCUUUGUGCACAUUUGUUUUUACUUUUCAUGUACAUACUAUGUAUUCUGGACACUUGACCCCACUUACUAAAUCGGUAAUGGCUAAGAGGAGGAGGCUGUGUGGUCCAGUGGUUAAAGAAACGGGCUUGUAACCAGGAGGUCCCCUGUUCAAAUCCCACCUCAGCCACUGACUCAUUGUGUGACCCUGAGUAAGUCUACAAAUACUACAUUGGUAAAUGGAAACAUUUUCAUAAUUUGACCUGUCAUGGUAUCACAAUAGCAUGAAUGAACACACACUGGCAAGCCAUUGCAGUACUGUGCUAACAUAUCCAUACCAAUGUGCUACUGUAUCAGGACCACUGUGCAAUACUUAUACCAUAUCCAUUGUGUUGUCAUUGAAGGCUAAGGCUGUGUCCCACCUCAAUUUCUUUACACUAAUACCCAGGUAAUUCAAUGUAAUGGUACCCCAGUGGUAUUUUUUAAACCAUUUUCUGUCAUGUUUUAAUACAGUAUUAUGUAUAUGUUGUAUUAGUAUUUAUUUUUUAUCCCAAGAACCAGUUGCAAAUUGGUCUCUGGAUAUUACAGUUUGUAUUCCUUUAUAAUGAGCUGAUAAUGGUGUCUCCUGGCUAAUACAUGUAUCUGAAUGAAGAAAAAGGAGAAGGAUUGUGUUUGCCGUUGUUUCUUUCUCCUUAUGCAGCAGUUCUCAUUGAUGGUAGUGUGGUAGUGGCAUGCCUUUCUGAUCUCAUUCUAUAGUAAUCUAGUGUCAUGAUGACUAUCCCACCCCAAAGAUCUCUCUGUACUUGAAAUCCAGACAUGCAUUGGAAAUGUAUUUGAAGCCACAAGGUCAAAUUCCUACCCCUUUAGCAACUGCAAGUUGAGUAAAUGAGAAAUCUCGAAACAGAAUAAAAAUUUCAGAGGGGGCAGCA